AUGGGCUCUGCGAGAUCGCCAUCACCACCGCCUUCCUCGGCCGGCUUGGUGAGUUGCCGCUCGUCGGAGGCACCCUCGGGUUCACCUUCGCUAAUGUCACCGGAUUUUCCGUGUUCAACAAUAGAGGAACCUCCUUCUGCCAUGGCUACCGCCGCCUCCAAGCUUUGCUCCACCACCCUCCUCACCUCCUCCGCUUCCUCAUCAGCUCCCUCAACCGCCGGUCAACCUCCUCCACCGCCACAAAUUAACCCAUCCUCCGCCAUCUCCAUUCUCAGCGGGACUUCCUCCACCAACACCGCCCGAUUCAGCUUUUGCUCCGUGUAUAGCGGCCACAACAACAUCGGCACGCCAGCCCUCACCGCCACCUAUCUUGUAGUCGGUGGAUUCCCGAUCGAGCAGCACCGCCACCACGUCGGACGGCGGGAAUGGCAGCAGGCCCGAGAAAUUGAGGAGCGUGUCCCUCAUGUCCUUGAAGCUCACGGCGGUCGCGCCUCCAUUUUUAAUGGAGGUCGUCGUCUUGAGGAAGAACGCCGUGGCAGAGAUGAAGCCGAGGACGCGGUGGACGUGGGGGUUGCUGAGGCGGAGGCCGUGCAACAACAAGAAGCCGACCAUUUUUUUACAUACAACAGAAAUCGAAAGAGAAGUCCACAGUCACCUGUUCGAAAAUUUCCUUGCUCCACGAUGAGGUUUUUAAGAUACAAGUUCUUGGGUGCAUGUGCGUUUUCUUCGUCGUCCUCGCCAAUUACCAAUAAUAAUGAUGAAUCCCCUGGACUCUCUUUCAUUCACAGUGAUGCAUCUCAGCCUCCUCUUCUUUCGGAUUGUUUAAGGCCCACGAGCCAUUUCAUUACUCUUACUCUUUUCAAACUUGUACUCUUGCAUCUGAUUGACUUUGUUCUGCCUCAUUUCUCAAAAGGAGGAAUAGUAGCACUGUGGAAGUUUGAUGCCCUUCAUAUUGGUCAUAGAGAGCUUGCAAUUCAAGCUGCAAAGAUUGGAGUUCCAUUUCUAUUGUCCUUCGUUGGAAUGGCUGAAAUACUUGGGUGGGAACCCAGGCCUCCUGUAGUUGCCAAAUGUGAUCGGAAGCGAAUUCUCUCAUCUUGGGCUCCACUAUGUCCUAACAUUACACCCAAGGAAUUUCACAUUCAGUUCUCCAAAGUUCGAUAUCUUUCUCCAUGCCAGUUUGUUGAGAAAUUAUCAGACGAGCUUGGAGUUGGUGGGGUUGUUGCAGGUCAGCACUACCGUUUUGGGUAUAAAGCUGCUGCCGACUCGUCUGAUUUGGUGCGAUUGUGCGAUGAAUAUGGCAUGAAAGCCUCUAUAGUAGAUUCUGUCAUGGAUAAAAAGCAAGAGUUUUUCAAGGAGAUUGGUCGUCAUCAUAACGGAACAAUUAAUGAGCAAGGCCAAGUAUCAUCCACUCGAGUUCGGCUCGCGCUUGCCGAUGGCGACAUGAAUUACGUGUCACAAUUACUGGGGCGCAAUCAUCGCCUUAUGAUGAUGGUUAAGAAGGAGGAAAAUGUUUUACGAGAUGGGAAAAAGUUGUCCGCUUGUAGGUCGUGUUUGUUGAAUCUUCCACCCAAAGAAGGUUUUUAUAAUAAUUGUUCUCUAGUGAUUGGGGAAAACGAGAGUGUCGUGCCAUGCAGAGACACUAUCACUGGAUUUUUGCUCGCUGGAGUUGGUAAUGUUGAUUUGAGGAGGAAAACAAAUUACCUCAUUGUCGACUCAAAAUCCACGGUGAAUCAGAUUGAAGAUGCCUUCAAAGAAUUCACAACAAGAGAAGACAUUGCAGUCUUGCUCAUCAGCCAAUUUGUUGCAAAUAUGAUACGGUUUCUUGUCGAUAACUAUAACAAGCCAAUCCCUGCAAUCUUGGAGAUCCCAUCAAAGGACCAUCCUUAUGAUCCUGCACACGACUCUGUUCUUUCGAGGGUGAAGUACCUUUUUUCGACAGAAUCGGUAGCUUCCGGAAGGCUUUUCCCUACAUUCAAUCUAUCAAAGAAGUGCAGUGCACCCAAUCAAAGAUUAACUUCUCCGGCGAAGGAUGCUCGGGAUUUCAUAUGGAGAACUCUUCCUCAUCUUAGGAGCUGCGGCUGCUCUCAUCGGUACCGCUUUCAGUAUUUUUUCUACAAAUGUGAUCUCGUUGCUUGUUUGCGCCAUUUUGUUUUUGGAUUUCGUGUUCGUAUUCUAGGUCCAAAGGAUCUUCCUGUUAUAGCUAGAACAGCUGGGAGAUUAGCUGGUCGAGCAAUUGGAUAUGUUCAGGUGACGCGUGGCCAAUUCGAAAGCGUUAUGCAGCAAUCUCAAGCUCGCCAGGUUCAUAAAGAACUGCAAGACACAAUGGCCCAAUUAGAAGCCAUACGUCAUGAAAUUCGGUCCAUUUCGUUCAUGAAUCCUGGUCCUUUGACAACAAGGCUAGUCGAUAACAUUGCUGGACAACCUCCCGUAACGAAUGGUAUCUAUCUUUGUUAA